AUACAAGGAUAGCACCGCCCUGUAUUUACUGCUGCCCGAAUACGAGUAAAAUCUGUUUUUACAACAAAAUCUCAAAUCUGUACUUUUAACGCACAAUCAUAGUCAAGAAUAAGCCAUGCAUAUUUCAGACAAAGUCGCCAUUAUCACCGGCUCAGCUCGCGGCUUUGGCAAACGGCUGGCUGAGGUCAUUGUCUCCAAGGGCGGGCGGGUAGUCCUGGGCGACAUCCUUGAAAAGGGCUAUGACAUAGCCAGUGAGCUCAACGCCAAGAGCGGCAAGAUGGUUGCUGUCUUUCAACGCUGUGACGUCACCAAGUUUAGCGACCUGCAGGCGCUCGUCUCCCGGGCAACGCAGGAGUUUGGCGGCCUAGAUAUCAUGGUGAAUAACGCAGGCAUCGGUGGGACUAUUCCGUGGUACGACUCGGAUGGCGAUUCUCUGGCGCGCACCAUCGACAUCAACUUGAAGGCGCCCCUGGAAGGAACACGGCUGGCCGUGCGCUAUUUCAUCGACAGCAACCGUCCCGGCUGCGUUGUUAACGUGGCCUCGAUGAUGGCUUUUUUCCCGACCGAAUUCGGCCCUAUCUAUGGCGCAACAAAAAGCGGUAUUGUCAAUUUCACGGCAUCAUGCUCUACACUGUCGCUGCUGGAGCAUCCCAUCAGAGUCAAUGCUGUGGCUCCGAACUUUGCUGACACUGCGAUGGUGCGCGACUCUCUAUCAAAGAGCAACAACGAGCUGCUCAGCAUGAAUGGCAUUUUGACUGUGGACGAGGUUGUUGAUCAGAUGAUCAGGUGUAUAGAGGACGAGGCAUUGAUCGGCGAUUCGAUCAAGCUGCUGGCUGGGAGACCGCCGAUUGUGCACAAGGGCCGCAAGGCUAUUUCUACGGGUGUGAUAGCUCAGGCCAAGCUCUAAUUUUAUGUUUUAUUUUGCUGUGCUUGUCGCCAAAGAGAGCACAACGCACGCUAGACUCCCAAUUGCAUAAACACAACAUAUAGA